GCGAUUUUUCUCCAAGGUGUAGGUCUCGGCGCACGUCCUCUGGCGGGUGUUCGACGCAUAUUGAGGGCGAAUACAACAUUAAUCCACGAAUUCCAUCAUGGCAGCGACAAUAAUGCGUUCCGUUUUAAAGAAGAGGGUUCCACUUCGGAUGGGACGCAUGUGUUAUUCCUCUUCUGUGCCCACCACCAAGUUGUUCAUUGAUGGAAAGUUUGUGGAAUCCAAGAGUUCAGAAUGGUUGGAUAUUCACAAUCCUGCCACCAAUGAGGUCAUUAGCAGAGUACCAAAGGCCACACAUGAGGAGAUGUUGGCCGCCGCAGACUCCUGCUCUCGGGCAUACCAUUCUUGGUCUGAAACGUCCAUCCUGUCUCGCCAGCAAAUCUUCCUUCGCUACCAACAGCUUAUUAAAGACAAUAUUAAAGAACUGGCAAAGUUGAUAACCCUUGAACAGGGGAAAACCCUGGCUGAUGCUGAGGGCGACGUUUUCAGAGGACUGCAGGUGGCGGAGCACGCCUGUAGUAUCACCUCCCUCAUGCUGGGUGAGACUCUCCCCUCUAUCACUAAAGACAUGGAUACAUACACAUACCGGUUGCCCAUUGGUGUGUGUGCCGGCAUCGCCCCUUUCAAUUUCCCUGCUAUGAUUCCUCUGUGGAUGUUCCCAAUGGGCAUGGUGUGCGGAAACACUUACCUGUUGAAGCCUUCAGAGAGAGUGCCUGGUUGCACCAUGAUGCUGGCCAAGCUGAUCCAGGACGCUGGUGCUCCAGACGGAACGCUGAACAUCAUCCACGGACAGCAUGCGGCUGUGAACUUCAUCUGCGACCAUCCUGCUAUUAAAGCCAUCAGUUUCGUGGGCUCCAACCAGGCUGGGGAGUACAUCUAUGAGAGAGGCUCUAAAAACGGCAAAAGAGUACAAAGCAACAUGGGGGCAAAGAAUCACGGCGUGGUGAUGCCUGAUGCCAACAAAGAGAACACACUGAACCAGUUGGUUGGUGCCGCUUUUGGAGCAGCGGGUCAGAGAUGUAUGGCACUUUCAACUGCUAUCCUUGUUGGAGAGUCUCGAAACUGGUUACCUGAGUUGGUUGAACGUGCAAAGAGUCUUCGUGUCAAUGCAGGUGACCAGCCUGGAGCUGACGUUGGACCUCUCAUUUCACCAUUGGCUAGGGAUCGCGUAAACAGCCUCAUUCAGAGCGGCGUGGAUGAAGGCGCGACGGUGCUUCUUGACGGCAGGAACGUGAAGGUCAAGGGUUACGAAAAUGGCAACUUUGUAGGACCGACAGUCAUUAGCAACGUCACCCCUGAUAUGAAGUGCUAUAAGGAAGAGAUCUUUGGACCUGUGUUGGUGGUCCUGGAGGCCGACAGUUUGGAUGAGGCUAUUAGCUUAGUCAAUAAAAACCAAUAUGGCAACGGAACAGCCAUCUUCACUACCAACGGUGCCACAGCGCGUAAAUACACCCAUGAAGUUGAUGUUGGCCAGAUUGGAGUAAAUGUGCCGAUCCCCGUCCCCCUGCCCAUGUUUUCAUUCACCGGUUCCAGAAACUCCUUUAGAGGCGACACCAAUUUCUAUGGAAAGCAAGGCAUUCAGUUCUACACCCAGAUCAAAACUGUGACUUCACAAUGGAAGGCAGAAGAUGCUACAUUGAAAUCUCCGGCCGUUACCAUGCCAACAAUGGGACGUUAAGUGUAAAUCAACUGCAUCGAUUGUGAAAAAAUCCUCCCCCAUACAGUUUAAAAUAUGUACAGAUUGAAAUAUGAAACUAAUUGAAACUGGCCUUUAAUUUCUGUAUUAUGCAGGGAAAUAUUCUCAAAAUGUGAAUUAUUUUUACUCGACUUACUUGGAAUAGUUAAGCAGUCUAGGAAAUGUAGCACUUUUUGUUAUAAACCACAGUCUGAAACAUCUUUCUAAGGCGAAUUUUUUUGCCAGUUGUCAUCAUAUUACAGCAAAAGUUCUUUUAUAAGGAUUUUGACUCCAUGUUCAGCUGUAAAUUUACUUGGAGUGUGAAUGUGUUGUCUUAAUCUGUAGCUAGCCAGUUGGAGCAUUAACACUGAAUAACUCUACUGUUAUCUCAGAUAAAAUCUGAAUCUCUGAAUUCUUAUGCAAAAUAUUGUAAACCUGCCACCAGUGGUUAAAUGAGAGGCUGAUUUAGGAUGCUGGUCUUAAUAAAUAAGACAAAGAUUUGGUGUUCAAA